AAUUUCGGUUUGAGGCGGACAUGUAUUGUUCCACGUUGACGUUUGAGAAAAGGUAUAUGCUUCGUGUUUGAAGUGUUUUAUAUCGUGGUAGAAGUAUCAACAAAGUUUCUGUUUUGCUGUAAAGAGAUAAAGAAACAACAUGGUUUCCGUAUUGAACACUGUAGAUACAGGACACGAAGACAUGAUACAUGAUGCUGAAAUGGAUUAUUACGGCCUUCGCUUGGCAACAUGUUCGUCAGAUCACUCGGUGAAAAUUUAUGACAUUAAAAAUGGCACACAAACAUUGACAGCAGACCUGAAAGGACAUUAUGGACCAGUUUGGCAAGUAGCUUGGGCGCAUCCAAAAUACGGAAAUUUGUUGGCUUCAUGCUCUUAUGAUCGAAGAGUCAUCGUCUGGAAAGAAGUGGGCGAGUGGGUAAAAUUGUAUGAAUACAGCAGUCACGAUUCCUCGGUAAAUUCUGUAGCAUGGGCUCCACAUGAAUUUGGACUUAUGCUGGCAUGUGGAAGUUCUGAUGGUUCGUUGUCUAUUCUCACCAGUAAUCCUGACACUGGAAAUUGGGAAGCAAAGAAAAUUCCAAAUGCCCACACAAUCGGAUGUAAUGCAGUUAGCUGGUGCCCUGCCACAGCACCUAAUCCAGCUUUUGAUGCUUCUGCUGCAAGUAGAUCACCUGUUUUAGUAAAGAGGCUUGUAACAGGUGGAUGUGAUAAUUUGGUAAAGAUAUGGAAGGAGGAAGGAGAUCGUUGGAUUGAAGAAGCCAAACUAGAAGUUCAUUCAGAUUGGGUACGUGAUGUGGCCUGGGCUCCAUCUAUUGGUCUACCACGUAGCAUCAUUGCCAGCUGUUCUCAGGACAGACGUGUUAUCAUAUGGUCAAGUGAUGAUAAUAUCACCUGGACACCAGCAGUCUUACAUACAUUUGAUGAUGUAGUUUGGAAUGUGAGUUGGUCCCAUACUGGGAACAUCUUGGCAGUUUCAGGUGGUGAUAAUAAAGUGAGUCUUUGGCGAGAGAACAAUGAAAGCCAGUGGAUGUGUAUCAGUGAAGUCAGCAAAGGCCAGGGACAAAUGGCUGGUAAUGAGCAAAGAGCACUCUGAGAGGUUUGAUGUUUGUGAAAUCCUACACACAAGUAUGGUCAGUUUAUUUGAAAUAAUUCUCUCAUAUGUACUGGAAGUUAAGGUUAGGUAUGAAGUCAUGUUGUUAAAUGUGUGUUUAUUGAAUUGAAUUAAAGUAUUAAAUCAGGC